AUGGAGCAGCAGCAGCAGCAGCAGCAGCAGCAACAUCCCCAGCAGCAGCAUCAGCAGCAAGACCCGCAGCAGCAACAUCACUGGCACAACCAGCAACACCAUCACCAGCAGCAGCAGCAACAGCAGCAGCAACAUCAUCACUAUCACCACCAGCAGCAGCAGCAGCAGCAGCAACAACACCAUCACGAGCAGCAGCAACAUCAUCAUCACCAGCAGCAGCAGCAGCAACAGCAGCAGCAGCAGCAGCAGCAGCAGCAGCAGCAAACAUACUCUGUGUCUAUAUCUAUAACAAGUUGGUUGCAUUCUUCUAUCAACGCCAAUUCUUCACCGCUAGCAACAGCAGCCUGCGGCGUCAGUUCUCUCGCUUGCUGCAGCAGCAGCAGCAGCAGCAGCAGCAGCAACAGCAGCAGCAGCAGCAGCAGCAGCAACAGCAGCAGCAGCAGCAGCAACACACGCAGCAGUUUGAACAUCAAAACGCAGCUGCAACAGCAGCAAACAACACAGACGUACAAACCAACAGCAGCAACCACAGCAGCAGCCACUGCAGCAGCAGCAGCAGCAGCAGCAACAGCAGCAGCAGCAGCAGGCAUAGUAGCAGCAGCAAUAACAGCAACAACUACUACAGCAGCAACAAAAGCGGCAGCAGCAAGAAUCACAACAGCAGCAACAACGACGACAGCAGCAGCAGCAGCAACUCGAGCAGCAGCAGCAGCAGCAACAGCAACCGAAGCAGCACCACGACCAACAGCAGCAGCAGCAACAGCAGCAUCAACACCACGAGCAGCAGCAGCAACAACAAGAGUAGCAGCAGCAACAGCAGCAUCAACACCACGAGCAGCAGCAGCAGCAGCAUCAACACCACGAGCAGCAAGACAACGAGCAGCAACAGCAGCAGCAGCAGCAUCAACACCACGAGCAGCAGCAGCAGCAGCAGCAGCAGCAGCAGGACCUCAAGAAGGCGUAUGA